AUGGCAACAACCCACAUCCCCUCAAACGUGGACGUAGCAAUAGUGGGUGGUGGCCCUGCCGGCCUAACAACGGCCAUCACCCUCCUCCAGUCCGGAGUAAAGACCAUCGUCCUCGAUGCUGCUCCCGCCCCGAACCCAGCCUCUCGCGCUACGGUCAUCCACUCUCGCACGUUAGAAGUCAUGGAAGAUCUCAGCCUGGUCGACGAGAUCCAGGCGGCAGGGAAGCAAGCCGAUCAAUGGUUCAUCAGGUCUGGGAACUCGGUCCUGGCCAAUUUGAGUUUCAAGGAAGUGCCGGGAAAGUAUAAUUACUUCGUUACGAUUCCGCAGGUCAAGACCGAGGAGUUGUUGCAGGCGCGAGUGGAGGCACUAGGUGGGAGCGUGUUCAGAGGGGCGAAGGUUGCAGAUGUGGUCGACUCUGGUGACAAAGUGAAGUUAGAAGUUGGGCUGCAAGAUACGAAGGCGACGAUCGAGGCGGCUUACGUCGUGGCGGCGGACGGGCUGCAUAGUACCAUCCGCGAAGCCCUUGGGAUCGAAUUCAAGGGCGGCGAGUACAAGGAGUCGUUUGUGACGGCGGACAUGCAUCUCUCCUCUCUUGGAGGCCUCAACGAAGCGUUGCACCUCUACCUUCAUACUUCGGGCUUCGUACUCCUAAUCCCAGAACCGAACGAUAUCUGGCGGAUCGUGGCUACAGUCGCCGAAGCUCCGAAAGUGCAAGAUGCGGCUUUCUACCAGAAAUUGGUGGAUGAGAGAACGAUUCCGGGCAUCGAGGUGAAGGAUUUAACGUGGUAUAGUCGCUUCCAUAUCCAUCAUCGACUUGCUGCUGGAUACCGCAAGGGUCGUGUCUUCUUAGCAGGAGACGCCGCACAUGUGCACUCUCCGGCUGGUGGGCAGGGCAUGAAUACUGGAAUCCAGGAUGGCUAUCGACUUGGUCAGAUCUUGUCGGAGGCCAUUCGAGAUGGCAAGACGGAUCCGGCAUCUCUCGAUCGAUAUCACAAGGAACGCAGGCCUGAGGCACAGGGAGUGGUGAAGAUGACGCAUAACAUCACGUCCAGUGCCGCGAUCACCUCGCCCAUUCUGGCGUUUGUGAGGAACUGGAUGAUCUGGCUAUUGAUGAAUUUUGCUUUUGCGAGGCAGUAUUUGACUGUGAGGUUGGCGGAGUUGGAGCACUUCUAG